UUUGUUUGCAUCGUUCAGUGCUUCAAUCUCAGAAUAUAAACAAAUCACAAACAAGCAAAGUAGGAAUAUAUAGAACAUGGAUGACUCGGAUAUUUUUCCAGACAUUGAGCAGGACAACAACCCGCUGUUUUUCAGCCCCUCUGCCAGUGCCGGUCACGCGCGUACGAACACCGAAAGCGCCGUACAAAACGACCCGAAAUACGCCCUGAAUCUCCAGGAAAGCUAUGUGGAUUUCGGCUCCACAUCUUUGGUGAACAAUUCGCUUGGUCUUUCGCAGAAAAUCCGCAAGAUGCUCCAAAAUCCGAGGCUCCAGAUCGACGUGAUUCUGAGCGAGCGGCUCGUCAACACCGCCGUGGUGGUCUACUUGAUCGAAAUCAAAAUAGAAGGCAGCCAGGACCAGGAAGAUUCUGUGAUAGUCAAGCGGCGCUACUCGGAAUUUAAGCUGCUCAGGGAUAAUCUAGUAAAACUCUUCCCCACAGUGAUCAUUCCGCCCAUUCCUGAGAAACAUACACUCCUCACGUACUUGAUCAAUUCACUCGACAACGCCAAGGAGCUUUCUGUGAUCGACGUGCGCAAGCGCUAUUUCAAGAAGUUUCUCCAAGAUGUGGUGUUUCAUGCCAACCCGCUUCUUAAAAGCUGCCCAUUAUUGCUUAAGUUCUUUGAUCCCAACUACGAGCGGUCGUGGGAAAACGCCAUAAACGAGCCGCCCGUGAGUCUUCUUCCGCAAAACAUUCUUCUUGCCAAUCCCAACAAUCCAACGGAUCAAAACGGACUCUACUUAUUGCUCCCGGCUAUCGCCGGGUUUGAUGUCACGUCCCCCGAUAACUUGAGCUCGCUACACAAAAUCAAUGGCGAUCUUCACAAGUUGCACAAUGAAGUGAAGUUAUUCAACCUCAAAGAAUCAAACUCGUCGGAAUUGCAAGAGUACGAGGACUUCUUCAGUGACAUCCCGCCGGAGCUUCUACACUUUGAGAAGAAUGUCCACCAGAAUAUCAAGGUGCUCUCCGACCUUCAUAAGUUGAACGGUAGGAAUAUCCGCAACUUCAAACUCAUGAUUGACGUACUCAUUGAGUUGGGUGGCAACCUCAAUAACUUCUCUCUCCAGGUGCACGAGAUGGUUCCACAGGAUAACAACCAGCUUUCGUUGGUGAUUGAGCGAUUUGGAUCAACUAUGGACUCCAACUUUCUCAAUUUCGAGCAUUUUUUACACGAGCAUGUGAUUCCUGAGUGGGAAGAGCCCGUUAAUCAGUUUGCACAGUAUUACUUGUCGGCGUUACAAUUGGUGAAGUUUUAUAAGUACAAGCUCCUCCAGUACAAGCUCUUGUACAAGCUCAAGUUUGCGAAGAUCCAAGAGCUCCUGAACUCUACACACAAUGAGGAGUCUCUAAAACACUUGAAGAACUUGAACAUCAACAGCCCGUCUAUCACUUCCGCAAUCCAAAGGAUCGAGUCUAAGCAGAAAAAUCGCAAGCCUCCAAGUGGCAAAAAAAGUUGGUACGGCUUGUUCGGGGGAAACAAACCGACGUUCUCACUAUCUGAAGAGCAACUCAAUGGCGAUAGACCAGCGCCUGUUCUAGAUGAAGCCAGUGCCUUUACUCAACCACAAAUGAACAUCAAUAUUCAACAUCGGGUGCAACACAUCGAAAAGGAGCUAGAUAAGCUUGAUCAGCUCAUUGGGUUGUUCAAUGAGGACAUGAAGAAGCUCACCGAAAACCUUAAGUUCAACUUUCAGGAAUACACCAUGAAGAUGGAGAAAAAAUGGUUGUUGGUAAUGAUUGAUUUGGUCAGGGCAGGGAGACAACUAUUCGAAGAAAAUCUACAAAACUGGACUGACUUGAAGACAUAUGUGGAUCAAUCUUCCGACGAUCUAAGCACCGAUCGUAUUUCUGAGACUUUGUCCCGGUAGUAGCAAAAACCGGAAGAUGCGGAAUAAGUUUACGUUUGGCAGUUUUUGGCCUUGACCUUGCCGCGUGUCUCGUGGUUGCAGACAUUAUUUACAGUAUCCUAUGCCUGAGGCUAUGGCGGAACUAUACUAGUGAGCAUAUCAUUCGUGUAUUACCGCCCAGUCAUUGUGUACCAGCCUCGUAUCAACCAAUUUCAGAAUUGCGUGAGUUUGUUUCGAAAUGCUUUACCGAACAUAAUUUUGAAAGGGUGUUUUAUUGAUUCGUGGAUGUUCAUGUCUGGGGGAACGAACCG